CCGUUGCAAAAUUGGCGCUCAUGCUUGUUUGCAACGCUUUGGUGUUCUUUUUGCUCCCCGAUGCUCUACGAUCGAUCAUCACUUCAAGUGUUACGAUUACAGGUACUCCUGCGCAUUCAUUGAUUCAUUGAGCUGUACGAGUCGUUCAUUCUGCACCUCAGUGUUAGAAGAAGUGCAUUACGCGUCUUAUCCUGCUAUAUUUGAAACAAAACGACGGUUGUUUGACAGAUCUCGAUUCUUUUUACUAUGAUGCCCUCAAGAUGUACAUAGAGCGCCAAAACUUGCGGCCGAAUCGGAAGCAUCGAAGAACAGAAGGGGCGAAGAACAACAAAAGCGACGACAAACUCGAAAACAAUCUUCGCUGUAAAAUUGGUGGCGGUUACGAACGCAUUUUGUUUUUUGCCGUCGACCCAAAAACCGCACAGUUGCGAUUGCAAUUUCCCGCGGCUCACUGCGAUGGCGAGGAAGACUUCCGUUUUCCCCAUUACUAUUAUUGUAACCGGAAUGAUUCAAGAUACGAUGCACCAGACGAUACGGAUUUGAGCUUUCAUUCGGAACGGCAACGCCAUUCGCAGCCUCUGUACUCCGAAUCGCCAUCGCAUCCGCUGCAAAAAGGAGGUGAUUCAAAAUCUGAUUCGCUCUGCCAAUUUUAUACAAGCCGUGAUAGGCGGAGAGACCGAAACGAAGUGUUGCGAGGAGAAGAAUGGCGGGUACAGUGCUGCGACUUGCGACAAGACGAAAACCAGUUUUCCCUUUUUUGGGACGAGAGCUUGCGAAACCGCCAUCGCAUUGAGCGCUUAUCGAUAUCAACGGCACUAGAAAUGACAUUCUCCUACCACCAGAGAGAAUUGUAUGAUUCCACCAAGGAUGCUGCAACUACCGCUUCCUAUAACGUGGCCGCAGUCUCGUUCGAGAUUGUUCUGGCCAUAGUCGCGGCCUUUCUCAGUCUGAUCACUAUACUUGCUGUUACGCUGCCUCUAAUCAAAAAAAAGAAACGAACCAGGGCAUCGACCUACAACCUUUACCUGGCUUUCUUAGCCGUACCUGAUCUGCUCUACAAUGCGUUUCUGGCCUACCUCUUUUUGACUUAUGAUCGGUGGAUAGAGCUCCCUUCGUCGAACAUCGAGGAAACCUAUGCGAGUAACAACUAUUACAGCAGCAGCACAUCUUCGGAAGUCCCCCAGCAGGGGGGGCAAACCCCUCUCUAUGGGCUGCCCUUGGUGGACCACGGUGACGACACCGCCCUCUUUCUCGGCUGCGCGACGGCGAGUCUCUACACGAACGUGGUUAUCUGCUACGAGAUUCUUAAGCUCCUUCGGAACUCCAAACAUCGGAAACGCUCCAAGGCUCCGACCCUCCGAAAAGCCUGCAUACAGGCCUCGGCGACCUAUUCGCUCGGGAUUUUGGUGGUCCUGGUCGGUGUUUUUGCUGGAGAUUCUAUGAGUCAUACAUUGAUUGUCAUCCCCAUUGUGUAUGUAUUCACUGUUGCGAUUCCUAUAUCCUAUAUGUUUUGGGUUACAUACCGUAUCUGGUGUGAGGGCCUGCUAUCUCACACCGCAGGGACUGGGAGGCGCAUGAGGGUGCUUGUUCGAUACUUUCUUCGGAUUGUGUUUAUAUUUAUCUGCAUCUGGUUGCCGGCCUCGAUUUUAUACAUCCUUUACUGGACUCCUUCUAUGCCUCAGGGCCUCUUGCAUUACCUGGCUUGCGUCUUUUUCGCUAUCCAGGUGUUUGUGUCCUUCGGAUUUUCUCUGACCAAACCAGAUAUUCGGAGAAACGUUGUAGACCUCGUUGUUGGAUUUUUGUGUUGUUGCUGCCUGGAGUUCCAAAAGGAGAUGCUUCCAAUCGGCGAUGCGGCCACCGGCAUGACUGAGUCGGGAAUAACCGAGCAAAUUUGCGACACGCCGAAACCGAUCAAAGAAGAACCCGAAGAAGAAGACCAGAACCCGGACAGCGAGACCCCAGAGGACCACCAUGUUCAACAAGAUUCCAAAAGUGAUUCUGAUUCCUAUUCCGUAUACCUCAGUGGCGAGAGCGACGACGACGACGACGAUGAAAUCACGUGGUCGUCGUUCAGGAAUCGCCCCAGUUUCAAGCGCUCUUGGUUCAUUGAUCACUCUGUGUUUUCACUUAUGUCAUCAAGGAACUACGCAGGUUCUAGUUUCUGGAGAAGAAGGAGUACCAUGUCUAACUUGAGGCAAGGGAGAAGUGAUUCGCCAAAGUCUGUUAACGAGAGCGGAAAGAAAAGUAGCUUUUUUGGUUCAUUUUGUCUAUCACCUUCUUCGAAGAGCAAUGCCGUGUUUGACAUUGAGCACGUGAGAAAGGGUUCUGGCGGGUUCGUUCACCACUACCAUGGUGAUAGUGAUGACGAUAUUAAUGACAUCGAGGCACAUCCCAAUGAUAACGAAAGCAACGGCAACGCACCACGGCUCGUUGUGCAUUCCUUGGAAGAGAUAUCCGGGAAGAACGAACCUCUCCAAAUGCCAACUACUGAGACUACUGGCCCUCUGGCCCCGGUUCUCGCUCACUCCAACGACAACAAGAUCAAUCCUGAGGAUGAAACCGAAAGGAAAAUGCUGAGACCAGAAGAAUGGCCAUCGGUACAUCAUAGUAGUACCAAUCUCUCGACCAGAACAGAUUGUAGCAACGAGAACGAUCGGAGCAUCGACGGAGACAACGAGAGCAUCGAAAUCGUGUUCAGCGGGGAUGGCACGAGCGAUGAUCUGGACUCUGUGUCAAGCGACUUGUUCGACUUUCGAUCACUAAUGGAUUAGCACAUCGCUUCAGCAUUAGGGGUCAUAAUUUAAGAUGGGUGCAUGACACAUCUGCCAAACUCAUAUUCCAUCCUUGGUACCAAUAAGAAAAAUUUCACUAGAGAGUUUUUCACCUCAUUUUUACUGCAUAACACUGCAUAGUAAAGUCCACUUGAAAGACCCCAUGCACAGGAACAGUUUCAAUCACUCUCUGAUUUUCAAACUUCAUACAGAGAUCUCUCAUAUCGUUGAGAGUCAAUUACCACCAGUAAGUGUUUGUAGGGUUUUAUUGCUGUAUGCAGUUCAAAAUUUGAAGUGCCAACAAAGGACUGGUGGUAGUGACAGACCACCACCAGCACACCAUACUGGUACUACUGUAUUUGCAGCAGAAAUAGUCUGUCCUUUGUCCUUUCAGUCCCACCAGUCUAGCAGUCCUUAGCAAAACUUUGAACUGCCUGGUGUCCUUCAUCUGUUUCUUGCACUAAUUCAUUUCUGCUAAUAAUCUAGUCAAAUUUCA